AUGAGAGCAUUCAUAAUAUUUUGGCUGUUCUUGAUACCAUUCUGCUUAAUAAAUUCAAGCACUAACAAUUUUGUGGUGAAUGGCUACUGUCUUGGCCAUGAACGUUCCUUGUUGCUCCAAUUGAAAAACAACCUAAUAUUCAACCCCACAAAAUCCUCAAAGUUAGUUCAUUGGAACCAAAGUAAUUAUGAUUGUUGCCAAUGGCAUGGGGUAACAUGCAAAGAUGGACAUGUGACAGCCCUUGAUCUUAGUCAAGAGUCUAUCUCAGGAGGACUUAAUGAUUCAAGUGCUCUAUUCAGCUUGCAAGACUUGCAGAGCCUGAAUUUGGCUUUGAAUAAGUUCAAUUCUGUGAUUCCUCAUGAGAUGUAUAAACUGCAGAAUUUGAGGUAUCUGAACUUGUCUGAUGCUGGCUUUGAGGGGCAGGUCCCAGAAGAAAUUUCUCACCUAACAAGGUUAGUUAUUCUUGAUAUGUCUUCUUCAAUUACUUCAGAUCACAGCCUAAAACUUAGGAAGCCAAAUAUUACAAUGCUUGUGCAAAACUUCACCGAUAUCACAGAAUUAUAUUUAGAUGGUGUAGCAAUAUCUGCCAGCGGAGAGGAAUGGGGUCGUGCUUUAUCUUCGUUAGAAGGUCUUCGUGUUCUGAGCAUGUCAUCAUGCAAUCUCUCUGGACCCAUUGAUUCUUCAUUAGGUAAGCUUCAGUCCCUCUUUGUUCUAAAAUUGAGCCACAACAAAUUGUCGAGCAUAGUGCCAGACUCCUUUGCAUAUUUCUCCAAUUUGACCAUCCUACAACUCAGUAGUUGUGGCUUGCAUGGUUCUUUCCAAAGAGAUAUCUUCCAAAUACAAACAUUAAAGGUCCUUGACUUAUCAGACAAUAAAAAACUUAAUGGUGCUUUGCCAGAAUUUCCACCACUUUCAUAUUUACACUACUUGAAUCUUGCCAAUACAAAUUUUUCUGGACCACUUCCAAAUACUAUAUCCAAUCUGAAGCAGUUAUCAACCAUUGAUCUCUCUUACUGCCAAUUCAAUGGAACACUUCCCAGUUCAAUGUCAGAACUCACUAAACUUGUUUUUCUAGACUUAUCCUCAAAUAACAUCACAGGUUCCCUUCCUUCUUUCAAUAUGUCUAAGGACCUCACAUAUCUAUCCUUAUUUCACAAUCAUUUGAAUGGAGAUUUAUCAUCCAUGCAUUUCGAGGGCCUUCAAAAUCUUGUCAGCAUUGAUUUAGGGUUAAAUUCCCUAAAUGGGACCAUACCAUCAGCUCUACUUAAGCUCCCAUAUUUGCGAGAAUUAAAGCUUCCCUAUAAUAAACUAAGUGGCCUCUUAGGUGAGUUUGACAAUGCAUCUUCUCAUGUACUAGAGAUGCUCGAUUUGUGCAACAAUAACUUAGAAGGACAUAUUCCUGUGUCUAUCUUUAACCUUAGAACACUCCGUGUCAUUCAACUUUCUUCCAACAAGUUUAACGGCGCAAUACAGUUGGACAUCAUUCGAAGGCUAAGUAAUUUAACUAUACUAGGCCUCUCACACAACAAUUUGUCAAUGGAUGUCAACUUUAGAGAUGACCAUGAUUUGUCACCCUUUCCAGAGAUAAAAGCUCUUAAGUUGGCUUCCUGCAACCUAAGGAGAAUCCCAAGUUUCUUGAGAAAUCAGUCAAGUUUACUAUCUCUUGACCUAUCAAGCAAUGAGAUUGAAGGACCAAUACCUAAUUGGAUUUGGCAACUUGAAUCUCUCCUUACAUUGAAUCUUUCCAAGAACUCUCUAACUAACUUCGAAGAAAGUGUUUGGAACUUGAGUUCUAAUCUUUUUCAGGUUGAUCUUAGUUCUAAUAAACUCCAAGGGCCAAUUUCAUUCAUCCCGAAGUAUGCAAGUUACUUGGACUACUCCAGCAACAUGUUGAGCUCAAUCUUACCACCAGAUAUUGGAAAUUAUCUCCCUUUCAUACGUGUAUUGUUUCUUUCAAACAAUAGUUUUAAGGGAGAAAUUCAUGAAUCCUUUUGCAAUGCUUCAAGUCUUCUAUUGCUAGAUCUUUCCUACAACAACUUUGACGGGACAAUUCCCAAGUGUUUUGCAACAUUGAGUAGUAGUCUCAGGAUGUUGAAUCUUGGUGGAAACAAGCUUCGAGGGCAUAUCCCUGAUACAAUAUCCCCAAAUUCAUGUGCACUAAGAUAUUUGGAUCUAAAUGACAAUCUCUUGGAUGGUAGUAUACCAAAAUCUUUGGUCAAUUGCAAGAAACUACAAGUCCUAAACCUUGGGAACAAUGCUUUAGUUGACAGAUUUCCAUGUUUCUUGAGAAACAUUUCCACCAUUAGGAUCAUGGUUUUGAGGUCUAAUAAGCUCCACGGUUCUAUUGGGUGCCCACAUAACACGGGUGAUUGGGAUAUGCUUCAUAUUGUCGAUCUAGCAUCAAAUAGCUUUAGUGGCAUGAUACCAGGAACAUUGUUAAACAGUUGGAAGGCAAUGAAGCGUGAUGAAGGCAUGCUUGGGCCAGAAUUUGGCCAUUUGUUUUUGAAAAUCUAUGCUAACUAUCGUCCUUUGACUUUGAAGGCUUUAUUAUCAUGUUUUAACAAAUUUCUCAAAAUGACAUUGCUUAAACUACUUGCAAGCAUGUCUACUUCUAACCUUAAACAAGAAUUAGUUGAUAAUAUUUUGGUUGAGAUAGAUAUCACUCGUUAUCAGGAUUCAAUUAUUAUUGUCAACAAAGGUCAACAAAUGAAGUAUGUCAAAAUCCAAAUGGCCUUCACUUAUGUGGAUAUGUCAAACAAUUACUUGGAAGGGCCAAUACCUGAUGAGCUAAUGGAAUUCAAGGCACUGAAUGCUCUGAACUUAUCACAUAACGCAUUUACGGGUCCUAUACCAUCAUCUGUGGGGAAUUUGAAGAAUCUCGAGUCUAUGGACUUUUCAAACAAUUUCUUCAAAGGAGAGAUUCCUCAAGAGCUUUCAAGUUUAUCUUUCAUGGGGUAUCUGAAUCUCUCGUUCAACCACCUAGUGGGGCGAAUUCCAUUAGGCACUCAAAUCCAAACCUUUGAUGCAGAUUCUUUUGAAGGAAAUGAAGGGUUGUGUGGUCCUCCCAUGACCAACAAUUGUAGCGACGAGGGAAGGCAGGGGCUGCCACCGCCAGCAUCUGAAUCAUCUCAUUCUCGUAAUGACAGUUUAAUUGAUUGGGAUUUCUUAAGUGUGGAGUUGGGUUUUAUUUUUGGUUUUGGAAUUUUCAUUCUCCCCCUUAUUUGCUGGAAGAAAUGGAGGCUGUGGUAUUCUAAACAUGUAGAUGGGAUGCUUUACAGGAUCAUCCCUCAACUUGAUUUUGUGUUUGAACAACAUGAAGGGAAGAGGUACAAAAUUUUGAGGUGGAGUUACUGA